UGUGGCAGGUGCCGUACCGUUCUUGAAUAUGACACACACGCCGACUGGCCCACGAUCAACCUCCUUGUCAAUAAGCACUAUUUCGCUUGUCCAGUCAAGCUCGACUUUGGUGGGCCCGCCCCAUCUCAUCCCCCUUUCGAACCCGAUGCCACACCGAACGCACUAAGUCCUCCACAUGACUCUAACGGGAGCAUGAGUGCCACUGACGGCAGGCACGAUGGACCAUUUAUCCGAGUUGCGGAUUUUAGGAAGCAGAGGCAAACCGAGGCUCAGCGGAAACAGGACCUCAAGGACGACGAGUACACCUACAAUGUACGACCUAUAUCCGUCAUGUGCCGUGGGUGUGACAAAGAGAUCAGCCUCGACAAGCGCUCGAGAUAUUAUCCAGGGUUGUGGAUGAAACAUCGGAGGAAGUGUGCAAAAAUUGGGAAGAUCGAG